AUGGCGAACAUGUUUACUUCAACAUGGCGUUCCUUUUGGCAUACCAUGACCUCCAAUGACCGUCAUGCCUCCCAUGACUCUCCCUACCGGACAGGGCAACACGUCCCUCUCAGUCAAAGUCGCCAUGAACCCCUCACAUCUAUCGCUACCAGCGCAAUCGAAUCUCGCCCUGACCUCUCCAACCCCUAUGAUGACGAGCCGACAAAAGGUUCCGCCAAUGCACAAGCCUCUGAAUGGACUGGCUCCCAAGACGACGGUUCCCCAACCCGCCCGUACUCACCUGGGAUGAGGUCGGUCGCAUCUCAGAAGAGAAGGUCAAACGACCAGGGAGAGGGCGCACCCGAGAUCCAAAUGCAGAGUUUCCACGACGGAGCACCCCCACCGCCACCGGUCGCCCACUCCUGGAAGAAAAUCGAGCGUUGGUUAGAACACAAUUAUGAGGAACUCCUCGACCAGCUUGGCGAGGGAUGUACUCAAAACGACAUUAAUGAAUUGGAGCACGAAUUAGACUGCAGUCUCCCUCUGGAGCUGCGGGAAUCUUUGAUGCACCAUGAUGGCCAGGAACGUGGUGGCCUCCCUACCGGUGUCAUCUUCAGCGCCAUGCUUCUGGAUUGUGAGGAGAUUGUGCAGGAAUGGCGCAACUGGAAGACUGUCAACGAAGAAUAUUUCGGAAACUCCAACUACAUGCAACCCCCGGUGUCCAGCUCUGCCGCAAGCUCUUCGACCGCUCCCCCUGCGCCCACUAUGUGGCGCUCGGAAUUGCUCGAGCGCCAGGACUCCCAACCUCCCGGCGCCGUUCAAAAAGCAUACGCACACCCCGCGUGGAUUCCUCUCGCCCGUGACUGGGGUGGUAACCACCUCGCUAUCGACCUGGCACCCGGCCCCGCUGGAAAAUGGGGCCAGGUGAUUAUUUUCGGCCGAGAUUACGACUGCAAGUACGUCGUAGCGCGGUCCUGGGCGGCCUUCCUCGCCACUUUCGCUGAAGACCUGUGCAGCGGCAAGGUCAUUGUCGACGAGGAGACGAACGAGCUGAAGUUGAAGGAAUUCAAGUCUCAGAAUGUCGAACCCCCAUACCUGGAGAUUCUGCGCUGGAGAACGGAUCAGAAGUACGGUCGCCGCGCGCCUCGCCGGAAGGGUCCUGCUAACGGCCUCGGUGUGAAUGCCUCCGGUACCCGGUCGAGCAGUCGGGAGUCGCCUUACGGCAGCCCUACGCGAGCUGAGGAGCGCGGCCGCUCCCCACACCGAUUCUCCAAGGGUGGAAACGCCCAGAGUCCCAAGACGCCGUUUGGUGUGUCUAGCCCCCUGGCCCGUGUGACGGAGGAGACCACCAGUCCCAUCGUCACGGCAGGCCCCGCGAUCUCUGAAGACCCCAAAGAAACCGGAAAGGAGGCUCAGGGUGAAGAUCUCAUGGAGGUCGCUACGCCACAGAUCUCCAACAAGGAGAACGAAGGGUUCCCCAAGAUUGAAAAGAACGAGAAGAAUGAGAAGGAGGAUAAGGACAAGGCAGAGAAGGAGAAGUCCGACGCGGACUCUGUUAUUGAUUCGGAGGUCCUCGGUGAAAUGAAGAACGUGGCUAUUUAA